AUGGGCGAAUCACGACAGGAACUCAUCCAAUGGCUGAACAGCCUGCUCCAGCUCAACAUCACCAAAGUCGAGCAGUGUGGAACCGGAGCUGCCCUUUGCCAGGUCUUUGACAGCAUCUUCCUCGACAUUCCCAUGUCCCGGGUUAAGUUCAACGUGAACACGGAAUAUGCCUAUAUAACAAAUUUCAAAGUUCUACAGAACUCGUUUGCCAAGCACCAGGUGAACAAGCCGAUCCCGGUCGAGGCUCUGGUCAAGUGCAAGAUGCAGGACAAUCUCGAAUUUCUGCAGUGGUCCAAGCGGUACUGGGACCAGCACUACCCUGGCGGCGACUACGACGCGGUCGCACGGCGAAAAGGCGCCCCUGUCGUCUCGGGCGGCGGGUCUCGGGCGACCGUGUCGGCGGGCGCGCGGAGGACCGGCAGCACGCCGCCAACGACCGGUCCACGGCUGGGCAAGACCGGCGGUAUCGGUGGCGGCGUGGCCAGCGCGGCGCUGCAGCAGGAGAACGCCACGCUCAAGGAGACCGUUGUCGGGCUGGAGCGCGAGCGCGACUUUUACUUUAGCAAGCUGCGCGACAUUGAGCUCCUGAUCCAGCAGGCCGUCGAGGAGGACCCGGAGCUGGAGAAGCAGGAAGACGGCUUGAUCAAGCACAUCCAGAACAUCCUGUACUCCACCGAGGAGGGUUUCGAGAUCCCGGCCGAGGAGGCCGCAGUCGACGACCAGGAGACGUUUUAA